AUGAAGGAGGAGGAAGAGCUUGUUGAGGUGACUGUUCCUGAUGGUGAAAGUGACAAUUCCCACCACUGUUUGAGAGACUUCAACAGCCAGAGACGAACUGCUGCUGCUGCUGUGGAAAUAUUCAGCGUGUUUGAAGAAACUGUGGUCCAGAACGAGAUGGAGGCUGAUGGUCAGCGCAGACACAGAACAGCGAGUAGCAUCAAGGAGAAGAUGAAGCCAGACGGCGUGAUGCUGCAUUCUCUGAACACUGCAGCCGUCCCGGAGCCAGAGCUGAUGUGCAUCUUUGGCACGGGGGAUUUGGGCCGCUCUCUGGGCCAGCGUCUGCUGCAGUCGGGGUACAGAGUGGUGUACGGCAGCCGCAGACCAAACACCUGUGGCCCUCUGCCUCCCGGAGCUCAGGCGAUGACCCACGCAGCAGCCGCCCAGUCUGCGAGCCUCAUCUUCGUUUGUGUUCAUAGAGAGCACUACGGGUUCAUGGAGAUAAUGCAGAAUCAACUUCAAGGAAAGGUGCUGGUGGACCUCAGCAACAACCCGAAGAAAGGCAUGUAUCCCGAAGCCAACGCCAUCUACUUACAAAGGCUGGUCCCCCACGCUGCUGUGGUGAAAGGCUUUAACACACUCUCUUCCUGGGCCCUGCAAAAUGGACUUCUGGCCGGGAAACAGGUGUACCUGUGUGGGGACAAUGCCGAGGCGAAGUGUGCGGUGGCGGAGACGGCCACCAGACUGGGCCUCACAGUUCUGGACAAAGGGUCUUUGUCGGCAGCCGGAGAGCUGGAGGACUUCCCGCUGCGGCUGUUCUCGGAGUGGAAGAUCCCUCUGUGUGUGGCUGUGGGCCUCACCGCCUUCUUCUACUUCUAUCUGCUCAUUAGAGAUGUCAUUUAUGCGUAUGUUGAGAAAAGUAGCGACAUCUCCUACAGAAUCAUGAUGUCCCUGGGCAAUGAGGUGUUUCCGAUUGUGUCCCUCAUUAUGCUCGCUCUCUGUUACCUGCCCGGCAUUAUAGCAGCUUUCUUUCAGCUCUACAGAGGGACCAAAUACAGCCGUUUCCCUAACUGGCUGGACCGCUGGAUGCUGUGCAGGAAGCAGAUGGGUCUGGUUGCACUCGGCUUUGCUUUUCUUCAUGCCGUCUACACAUUUGUCAAGCCCCUUCGUUAUAACGUCAGGUACAACCAAAUCGCGAAAGCAGCGGCGCAGACGAAGAACAAUGAAAUCACCCCAUUUGAUAACACCGAAGCGUGGAGCGAUGACUCACUUUUAGUGCUGGGCAUCCUGGGUUUCUUCCUCUUUGUCCUGCUAGGACUAACAUCAUUGCCCUCAGUGGGAGGCUCUCUCAGCUGGAGAGAGUUCAGCUUCGUUCAGUCGAAGCUGGGGUACCUGACGCUCUUCAUAUGCACGGCACACGUCUACAUUCGCGGCUGGAAUAAAUUCCUGAAGAUCAGCACCUACAAGUGGUACACUCCUCCGGGCUACAUGCUGUGCCUGAUCGUGCCCUCCGUGGUGCUGGUGCUCAAGCUGCUCCUGCUUCUGCCCUGCAUGGAUCGCACCCUCACCCGGAUCCGGCAGGGCUGGGAGAGGACCAAAGCCAAGGAGGUGAUGGGCGUCACCAACCUGUGA